UUAUUAAUAUUAUUUUAUUUUUAUUUAUUUUUUUGGAAGUGAAAUAUAAAUUUAUAAUGUGGAACCGAUCUACACUCAAGUUUCUCUUCGGUGUAUUAGCUGCGAUUAAAGUUCAGUCUGCCUCAGAAGAGCUGUGUCCUCGACAAGAGCCCCUUCCUGGAGUUUUGGUCUUGAAGUUAGGAAGCAAUGGUGUGCUUGGCUGCAGAGGCGAUGUCUCUGUGGACGGUGUGCUGUUGGCUUCGGCCAGUGUCACAAAUAAAAAACACAGAAACAAGCAGACAGAAGACAUCACUGUCAGCUGGACAUCCCAAACAGGUGAUGCUAAUGCUACACAGCUAACCAAUAUGAAGGGAAAUGUUACAACUGAGACAUACCAAAAGUUUGUUUCUGGUAUGUAUUCCAAAGCUAAAGGGGCCACAACAGUUACAGUUAAACCACCUGUAACCAUAAGAAAGGAACAAACCACUUCUAGACGUGUUUUGCGUGCUGUCAGUCAAACUACUGGAAUGGAGGAAGAGGUCUUCGAUAUCACCAUGGGGACGGAUUUUCAUCAGAACUAUUAUGAGGACUAUGAUUAUGAAGAGGAAAGGUCCAGGGUGACAAGAGGCAUCAAAAAGCGAACACGCUGGACUCUCAAUGGACGACAAUUGCAUUCUGGAGUGGAAAGGGGAGGGAUUUUAAGACGGCCACAUCUCAGCUGGGCAGAUGCUGGGAAUUACAGCUGCUACAGAGGAGAGAGACUAAUUUCCACAUUCAGAAUCAGCGUAGGGGUGCCCCCAGAGAGACCCACUGUCAACUGCUACAAGAAGUUUCACACCAGUAAAGUGCGCUGUGAUUGGACAUCCAAAAAUCCAGUAACCCCACGGCCACUGUGUUACCUCCUUCUUAUUAGAGAAUUGUUUGGUAACGUCACUCGCGUGCCUUGUUCAUUCUCCCGCUCCCGCUGUUGGUGUGCUUUUCACGUGGAGGAGGGUGACAGAGCUCUCCAUGUGGCAAAACUGUGUGUGUCUAACACAGCAGGCAAUGCCACGAGCCCUUACCUCAGCUUCAAGCUUCAUGACAUCAUUAAGCCAGACCCUCCGACCCGGGUGGUGGUGAGAGCAGUUGAGGGCCAGAAGCAUAUGCUUAAAGUAUCCUGGUCUUAUCCCAGUUCCUGGAAGCAUGGCUUCUAUGCCCUGCAUUUCGAUCUGAGAUACCGAACACAACUCGCAGAGCAGUACCAGUCAGUGCUGAUAUAUGACAGGAUGGACAGACACGUGUCCUGGACAAUUUAUGAUGCUCUGCCACACACUCAGUAUGAAGUGCAGCUCCGGGCCAAGGAUGAGUUUGACGGCGUCUGGAGUGACUGGACUGACGCUGUCUAUGCAGUCAGUUGGACAGCUCCUGAGACGAAUACUACCUCUGAGAGCAUUACUUUGGAGCCCUUUGAGAUGUUUCCUGAAGGUUCAGGAGGAUCUGGAGAAGACCCUGGUGUAGGUUCAGUGGCAAAAGAUGGAGCUGAUGAUACUGAAUAUGCUUCAGUGUGGCUGUGUGUGUCAUGUGUUUUUGGGCUGUGUUUUCUUGUAGUCCUCCCCAUGUUCACAGUCUAUUUACUCAGGUAUAGGCUGCAUUUCAUGUCUAGAAUAGGAAAACAGACUUUGCCCUUUGCAUUCCUCCUUCAUUCCCCUCGGCCUCUACCUGCUCCUGCUCCCUCCGAGCAGCUUCCAGAGGAGGGAAAGUCUCUGAUGUCUCCUCCAAAACACAGCCAGCAACACUUUCUUCCUGUUUAGCAAGAGGAGCAGGAGGGCAUUCAUCUGCAUAACAUGGAUUAUUUCCUGUCUUCAGGGACAGAGGGUGUGCCGUGGACAAUAGGCAGACAUGAGUAAACAGAAGAAACCCCACUGUAUUGGAUACAGUGAGACUGACUAAGAUUCACACACGCUGUUUUUAUGUGAUUCAGUAGCCUAACAGUAUUAUGAGUGUGAAAAGUCAAUGUUGUAUUUCAUCUUGGGCUACAUUUUAUCUGUUAUAUUAUUGAUAUUUUUGACUACUUUCAAAACCAU